AGCGGCCAGGCUCCGCGCGUCCUCGCAACCGCAGCCGUUUCGUGCGCCGUUCCGCAGUCAGGGAGGACUUCGCUGCUCGGUGCUACUUCUCGUUCCUCCUCAUGAGAGCAUGUAGCGCGCCGCGACAGAUGGAGCAGAACGACAAUGAAGAGGUUAACCACACCUUUGAAAGCCGACAUCUCUUCAGUAGCCUCUUGACCAACUUUCUUGCGCAUUAAGAUGCGCCCGACAGAAGAGGAGCUGGAUGAUGAACUUUUUGCGCUCUUGUUGACAGACAGUUUCCAGUGAGCUUUCGCUGAGCGCGCCGCCAGAAAGCAGGGACCUCCUAUGCAUUUAAGAAAUAAUCCAAGUCGGUGUUGGCUGAGCUCGUCAGUACUUUAAACUUUGCUGGGGAAUCUCCUGGAAGAUUCGCUGCGUUCACCAUGACGGUUCGUCUAUCACGGAUCCAACUGGCCCUGUUCUUCAUCUUGCUCUGUCCGGUCAAUAUCAUCGGACUGUGGUGGGCGGUGGGCAGUCCGCUGGUGAUGGACCCCAACAGCAUUUGCAGGAAGGCGAAGCGGCUGGCGGGGAAGCAGGCUGAGCUGUGCCAGACUCAGCCUGAGAUUGUCAGUGAGGUGGCCAAAGGGGCCAGGCUGGGCGUCAGGGAGUGCCAGUACCAGUUCAGGUACCGCCGGUGGAACUGCACUAGCCACAACAAGUACUUUGGCAAAAUACUGCAGCAAGAUAUCCGGGAGACCGCGUUCGUUUACGCCAUCACGGCCGCCGGCGUGACCCACGCUGUGACCCAGGCCUGCAGCAUGGGAGACCUCCUGCAGUGCGGCUGCGAGGCGACCAGGAACAGAGCGCCGCCACGGCCGCCUUCAUCCUCCUCCUCUGGGGACGGGGUCAAGUGGGAGUGGGGGGGCUGCGGAGACGAUGUGGAGUUUGGUUAUGAAAAGUCGAAGCAGUUUAUGGACGCCAAGAGGAGACGCGGCAAGAGCGACAUCAGGACGCUCAUUGACCUGCACAACAACGAGGCAGGGCGGCUGGCGGUGAAGCUCUACAUGCGGACAGAGUGCAAGUGCCACGGACUGUCGGGCUCGUGCACCUUGCGCACGUGCUGGAAAAAGAUGCCUCACUUCCGCGAGGUAGGCGACCGCCUGCUGGAGCGCUUCAACGGCGCUUCCAAGGUGAUGGGCGGCAAUGACGGCAAGACCCUGAUCCCUGUAGGCCAGAACAUAAAGCCACCGGAUAAGCAGGAUCUGAUCUACUCUGACGAGUCGCCCGAUUUCUGCCUCGCAAAUCGGAAAACCGGUUCGCUGGGGACGCGGGGACGCAUAUGCAACAGCACGGCCAUGGACAUCAGCGGCUGCGACCUGCUGUGCUGCGAGCGUGGCUACCGGGAGGAAACGGUGGUGUUUGAGGAGAACUGUCUGUGUCGUUUCCACUGGUGUUGUGUGGUCCAGUGCAAGAAAUGCUUGGUCCGAAAAGAGCUCAAUCUCUGCCACUGAUGAACUGAUGAACUGCGGUUGAGAGCUGUCAGUAUGAGUUGGUUAAUUAUAAUUUCUUCUGUUACUUUUCGAGGUUUUUGCUUUAGUUUGGCUAGUGUGAGAGAAGGAUAGCGUUUGGACUUUCAUGGUGAUCCUUUUGUUUCCAUUUUUUGCACCACUCAGUCAGAUAAUUCCCCAAAAGCGUUCAUUUCAAAUAGUAUUCGAUCCUUGUUUGUGCUGUUUGGUUCCCAUGAAUUUUGACAGACUUAACCAGUGCUGGCCAAAGACUCAAAGGGUACAAAAAGUAGAUGCAACCAUGUGGGAACAAUGGCAAGGGGGACUAAAAGAAGUCAAAUUGAGAAACGUUUCUUUCUGAACUACCUAUUUUUCUUUUUCUUGAAUAUAAAAAAGGACCAAAGAAUGUGAAAAUUUUCCAUCUCAAUGAAAGAGGAGGACCUAUGUAUGCACAGAGGACCUACAUGUGGCACAGUAACUCUGUGUCACUUCCACUCAGCAGCAGAGCGGCGUGAUGUUGACUGCUAUUGAAAACCAAAGAGUCUCAGGCUUCAGCUUGUGCUGAUGCUCCUGAUUUGAUUAUGAAGUUUUCUUGAUUGACCGUUUGCUAAGCCUCAUCCCACAGUACCAGUUAAUAAUUUUCUAAAGAAUUGCUCCUUAGCCAUGGAAAUAACUCUGCAUUAUUUUACUACAGUAGGUAGUAUGUUAUUUAGCCAGGCAUGCUAACAUUUGCAGCCUUCGUUAGAGCAGGUAAACACAUUUACUACAAACAAAAACCUCACCAUGCAAGCUCUUUAUAUACAGAGUACCACACUUGCUUCAGCAUGCACAGAACCCCACAGCUUGACCCUGUAAACCUGCCACGCCUUGCUACGGUCGCUAAACUGUGAUUGGACAAUUACUCUUCGUGGGAGGAGUUUAGUGAAAGGUCAAUUGUUCAAACUGGCCACUAGUCCACAAAAGCCACACUGAUCAUUAUGCGCAAUCUGAUUUCUAUCUACAGUGGUAUCACAGAAAAAUUUGAUCUUCAGUACUUUCGUUUUACUUUGCCGUGUGAUUACAGAAUAACCAUGCAACAACAUUCUUGAUGAUGCAUCAACAAUAAUUCGAGCAUGUUUAUAUUCUACCAACCCCCAAAAUCUUUAAAAAUCUUGACAUCAAUUUGUGUCUCAGUUUUAGUUAUUAUUAUUUGCAAACACGCUAAAUCGAAAAAGAUAACAGUCUGGACUUUUUUUCCCUGCUACUGCAUCAAAAAUACACACAAAAAAAGGGAACUGGUAUCACAUUAUCAUAUUUGAAGAACGCUGUCGACACCAUGUUUUGCAGGAGUGGACUCGGCCUGCCAGCAAAGACUGUUAUUUAUAUAAAGAUACGAUGACAAGACUACUCACUUCCAGCUCUCUCAGAAGCACUUUGGAUGCGAUGGCUGCCGUGGACUUCCUCAGUAGCUCGGCAGGAGAAAACUUUCGGGGUUGUCCGUUUCUGUUAAAGCAAAAGAGAAACCUUUAUUUACAUGACAUUGUUCGGUAUCAAGAAAAUGUAUAUAAUGUAUUUUGUUUAUCUGUUAUGAUACACAGGGCUAAUGUAAUAAUGCACUUUGGAUGUUAGCUUUCGUUUGAUACUGUAUGUGUGUGUGUGUGAGAGAGCGAACGUGUCGAGUGUGUGUGUGUGUGUGUGUGUGCAGGUUGGCCAGUUAUCACCGUAUCCUCCAGCUGACAGUACCGUCUCUAUAUCUUUAAGUUGCUGUCUGACGUUAAACUGCAUUACGUUGGUUAUUAAAAGCACACUGCUCUUUGACGCUCUGCCUUCGUGUGAGGCAGACAAGCUCUUUUAGUCGUUUAUCGCAGAGGAAGUAUCUUUCCCAUAAACCAUAAAUCAUGUCAUCUCAUUUACAAUUAAGUUUUAUUACCAGACAAUGUACAGUAACUAUACUGAACUAUAACGCUACAUUGCUUCCACUUGUUCUGUCACAGCUGUUUGUCUUUGAGUGAGCGUUCAGGUCGGAUCUUAUCUCACCUGCGAGGAUUCAGAAUCAUCUCGUCUCGAUCGUACAGGUGGUUGUGUUUAUGUUUCAAGAAGGUAGCACGAGUCGCAUGUGACUGCUCCUGAAGUCACAGGGUUACUUUGAAUAUCUGCUGCAUGGCAGCUUUUUGCAGGGCAAAGACAAAAUGAACGCCUUGAUUAGCGACUUUUCAGACGGCUCUAAUGUGGGCAGUGUCUCUGCAGCCCUUUAUGAAACUUAAAACCUGUGUGUCCAGCUUUGUUUUGCAACUUUUCAACGAGCUCUGCAUCAUUUUAAUUCCAAAGUGAGAUAUCGAUCAUUGGUAAAACACUGGCACACAUGUAAAGUAGGCUUUGGUUGGGUGUUGGCAGUUAUCCUUACAUUUAAGAGGCUUUUUGAAGUAUUCUGAAAAAGCAUUUUGGAAAGAAAUGUGUCACAUAUUUAAAGACAAAACCUAAAUCUAUUUGUUAGAACAAGGCCCCAAAGGUUCAGAAGCUGCAGCUGCAUUAUUUCAAUGACAAAAUGGCAACGUAUCGAGUCAUUAUUAGCAUGAUCGCUAUUGCAGCAAUAAAACAGCUGAGAGUAUUUCUGUGAACAUUAAUUUAAUAUUAGAAUGAGAUCAACAAACUGGUUUCAAAUCUUACUAGUGGUGGUCUUGGCAUGACAAACCACUGAUCUUCAGUCAGUUAUUGUUGCUGUGACUGUGAUUGGGUUCAUGUAAGGCCUGGUGAUGGUGGUAAUUAUCAGAAAUAAUGGAACCACGGAAGUCACAUGAUGUUUUGGCCUGAGGUCGUAGCUUUAACGUCUGUAACUCUACAAUGCAAGAAUGACUCAAGACGAGGUCGAGAGAGGUGAGCCCAAGACCAUUUAAAUGUCUGCGUAUAUCAGAUCCGUGGUUCUCAAACGUUUCCUGUCAUGCCCCCCUCUCAGAGGCUGAAAAUCGCUCAUGCCCUCCACCCCACGAUUUCGAUCCGCCGUUGGGAAAGAAACUAACAAAAAAGGAUCCAAGUUAAAUUUUAGUGAAAUAAAGGUCAGCACGAUAACAUCAGCCAUCAUCAUCAUCAUCAUAAAUCGUAUUCUCUCAACUUAGUUUCACUCCAUAAAGUUCUGCCUCCCAGUUUGAGAACCACUGUGUUAAAUUAAGCACAUUCCACAUACUUCCAAUUUUCAGACAUUAUUCUAACCAGGUUUGGUGGAAAACAACAGAAUGGAGCAAUAAGAUUUUUACCAGAAAGGAAAUAAUGUAACAGCGACUGUUAAAAACAUUUCAGUGACAGCUACGUAAUGCAGCCCACUGUUGGCCAAGUAGGUUGUGUUAGUGUCGGACAACUUACCUGUCCACAGGUGUUACAGAGUUCAGUGAUGUGGCAUCUAUUUAAAGGCAUUGUGUCAUGCUUGCUUCACAUUUCGUUACGCUCUUCAUUUUUAUAUUCUUCAGAAAUCAUUUCAUAUCUGGAUGUUAUGUUGCAUUUUCAUUUAGCAUAAAACUACUGUUUGUGACUCACAUU